AAUCUACUGUUGCACGCCAAAAUGGCCGAAACACCAUCGAAGCCGCCAGGAGCAAUUCACUUGGAGAAUGUCGAAGAUGUUCCUAAGGAUCUGGCUGCAGAAAUUCUCGAAGACCAAGCUAGGUACACACCUCAAGAGAUACGUCGGAUGAAACGACAAAUUGAUUGGCGUGUGAUACCUUCUUUGGGGCUCAUGUUUGGCAUAUCACUCAUGGACCGAAGCAAUGUGUCCAAUGCUGCCAUAGCUGGAAUGCGAGAGGAUCUCCACCUUGAGACUGGCUACCGCUACAGUCUUGUGACCCUCUGCUUCUUUGUCACAUAUGUCAUUGUUCAAGCCCCAAUGACUAUUGUUUGUCGUAAGCUCGGCCCACGGCUCUUUUUGCCAGGAGUUUGCGCUAUAUGGGGCGGGGUGAUUGUUGGGUUUGGAUUUUCCCAGAAUUGGACAACCCUUGUGGGGUUGAGGCUUCUCCUCGGAUGCCUUGAGGCGGGCUUCUUUCCAGGCUCUGUGUACUUGCUCUCCACCUGGUAUACAAGAUAUGAGACCGCCAAACGCUACUCCUUGUUCUAUCUUAUUGGUGUUGUGUAUUCGUCCUUGUCUGGUAUCCUCUCGUACGGACUCAUGCAAAUGGAUAACGUUGGCGGCAUUUCAGGCUGGCGAUGGAUAUUCAUUCUAGAGGGAAUUAUAACAGUUUCUAUUGCAGUAUUCGCCUUCUUUUUGAUGGUGAAAUUUCCCGAUCAAGAACGUAAGAGCCCGUCAUUUCGAUUUCUCAAGGGCGAAGAACUCGAGUUUGUCAUCUCGCGGAUACAGAGGGAUCGUGGAGAUGUUGAACCCGAAGCCUUUACCUGGUCAAAAUUCCUAAAACCAGCCUUGGACUUGGAGAUUUGGGGUUUCGCCUUAAUGCAAUUCCAUAUGGAAUUCAUCACACUGACUCGAUAUAUAGUUUUUCUUCCAAUCAUCCUUCGAGAUACCCUAGGCUUUGGUAUUGCAGCAUCACAAUGUCUGGUGUGUCCACCAUACGUGGCAGCUGCCGUUCUCAUGAUGUUCACUGCAUGGUAUGGGGAUCGUCUUCAUGUUCGAGGACCGCUGAUAAUCAUGAAUUGCUUUAUCGCUCUGAUUGGAUUACCCAUUGCGGGAUUCGCGAAUAAUCCCUGGGUUCGGUACUUUGGGAUAUUCGUAAGCGUGGCCGCUGUAAACAGCUGCAUCCCUACGAUCAUGACUUACCAGGCAAACAACAUUAGAGGCCAGUGGAAACGGGCAUUCUGCUCAGCCUCCUUGACUGGAAUUGCCGGUAUUGGAGGUAUAUCUGGCAGUCUAGUUUAUAGGUCUCAGGAUGCGCCAGGUUAUGUCCCUGGGGUUUCAACCACGAUUGGAUGCACUGGUUUAACAGUCGUUACCUGCUGUGCCCUUAUGGCUUACUUCAGAUCUGCUAAUAAGAAAGCUGACAGGGGCGAACUAAUUAUCAAUGGUGACGAAGCCUUUCGCUUUACGCUGUAA